AUGCAUGAAACUUCCCAGAACAGCCUGGUGAAACUCAUUCCCCGGCUCUCUAUACCAUAUUAUUAUGACGAUGGCGUUCCUUUGUACUUUACCAGAGAAGGCCGAACUGGGUCCCAGUUCAAAGCUAAGAAAGUUGCAGACGAGUUCGCUGAUUACUGCGAGUGGUUCUACGAAACAAACCCGGAGGCUGAGGACCGUCCUGUCCACGAAUUCGCGAAAGAGUUCGUCCUCCAACACCAGCUAAUCACUGAAGAUGAGCGCGAUUGGGCUCCACAGGCUGUUCGAGAGGUAGAAUUGUGGAUUGGUACGAGUACGGAUCAAGCGUCGUCUAAACAUCUCUCUUACUUUAUUACCGAGCGUAAUCUAUAUAUGAAGGGUGGCUAUGAUCGGAUUGUGGACUGGAUUGCGGAGCCUCUCCGAAACGAUUCAAGCAUCAUCAGACUGAACCACCACGUCGAGGAUGUGGAGUGGAACGAAGAGGGAACCGCACCAGCUCGAAUCCGGUACAAGGACGCUGCUGGAGAAAUCGGGUUCAUUGAUGGAGAUGCAGUUAUCAUGACUAGCCCGCUGGGGGUCUACCACCACAACCUCGUCUCAUUCAACCCGCCCUUGCCGAGUGACAUCCAAGAGGGCAUGUCCAAGUUCAGCUAUGGCGCCUUGGGCAAAGUGUUUUUCGAGUUCGUCGAAGUUUUCUGGUCAAAGGAGAAUGACCAGUUUGUCUUCUACCCGUCUCCGCCAGAGGAAUCAGAUAUUUCAUCCGGGUCAUCUGUACAGUCCGGCCCCAGCAUAAACUCCAUCGGGGAGAAUGAUAAUAUCCUCAACUACGCCACCGUGACAAUCAACCUAUGGAUCAUGACGGGCAGCAAAGAGCUUUGCGUACAGAUAGCCGAGCCUCUGACGCAACGCAUCGAGAAGAUGCAAGAUCCGAAGGAGAUAUAUCUAUUUUUUGAACCGCUUUUCAGACUAUUCCGCACAGAACCCUACAAGGCUUUGCCCCGCCUGGUCAAUGUUGAAACUACACAUUGGACCCAGGACCCGCUGGCUGGGUAUGGAACCUAUUCCGCCGACAAGGUUGGAGAUGAGCCACAACUUCUGGUUGAUGCGUUGGAAAACCACAAAGCCAGUCGGUUGCAGUUCGCCGGUGAGCAUUGCGCUGUUGCUGGUAAUGGCUGUGUGCAUGGUGCUUACAAGUCGGGUGAAACCGCCGCAACCAAUCUGCUCGAGGGCUUUGGGAUUCCAUACGAUGGUGUUGACGCCAUCAGUUUGAAAUGA